GUAGCACAAAUAGAAAUAUGUUACUGUUCAUAUGAAAUGCUAGAUGUCAUAAAUCCUGUGGCAAGCUCUUCUCCUGCCGCUGCAGCGCAGACCACAAACCAAUUAUGCACAAAUUUUAGUACUACUCCGUCUCAAAUUUGUAAAAAAAAAAUGGACGUAUCUAUUCCUAAAAAGUGUCUAGAUACAUGUAAUAUUUCGACAAGAAUUAUGAUACGGAGAGAGUAAACAAUAAGGUAAUGUUGCGUAGAUUUUUUUAAUCAAAGACGAGCAAUAUUCUCCGUGUGGUUAACAAUUUUAUUUUUGGGACAUAAGGCUUCUUCGGCCAGCUUUAUUGAACAGUUUAAAACUUUGUCCACUAAUAUGUGCAGAAAUAUAAAUAAGCGAAAAUUUGUGAAGAAUUAACUGAAUUGUCUUAUAUUUUGGGACGGACAAAGCAGUGUAUAAACGUGAGGUGAAUUGAAGGGAUCUCUUGGUAAAGAAAGGCAAAAGCAGGGCAAGAAGGACUCCCCAAGUCGGUAUAGACUGUAAAUUUACAACAACGAAGUUUGUUGUCUUUUGAAAAAGGUACUAUUGGGUAAAAAAAAAAUUCAUGAUUUACACCAGAUGUUCCCUUGUGUCUCGUCGUCCAAAUAAUCGCGCAGUAGUAAUUUCGAUGCGAUUAUUCCUGCACGAAUUCGAAUUGGAAAUACGAAUAUUACCCUGCCUAUAUACAUAUACGAGGAUGCUUCCGUUCCACCUUGGAUCAAUCAAAUCAAUUACAAGGAGGAGGAAGAGGAGCAGAGCAGGAGGAAUCGAAAUCCAUGGAUCGGGGCAAGAGGGCGGUGGAGUGGCCGCCUCGACCCGCCGACAAGCCCAAGAAGCCCUGCCGCGCCACCGCCGGCAGCGCGCCGGAGCUCUCCUCGCUCUUCCUCGCCAACCGCCACGGCCCCGGUACGUAUUCCCCUCGAUUCAAUCCGGUCGCGCAUCAAAUCAAAUCAGAUUCAAUCGCAGACUCUUCCUUGCAUCCAUCGCCAGGAGGAUUGCAGAUCUCUUGCGACACUACAGACAUGGAUCAGGAUCAGGAAGAAGAAGACAGUGGUUGGUCGAGCUUCCUGCCGGAGCUGCUCCGGCUGAUCUGCUGCCGUCUCCCGCUGCCCGACGUCCCUCGCUUCGGCGCCGUCUGCAAGCACUGGAACUCGUGCGCGUUCCCCGUCUUCCCGGCCGACGUCUCCCCUCUCCUCAUCAGCACCGUCGCCGGCACCGUCCACUGCUACGACCCUUGCCUGAACAAGAUGUUGGUCCUCGCCACACCUCUCAGGGCUCCGGACAGCAGCAGGAUCUUCUCGGCGGCCGCCGGUGGGUGGGUCAUGCUCAGGACGCCGAGGAAGACCGUCUUGUUCGCCAAUCUCCUGGAUGGAUCCAUGCUGGAGACUCCACAGCAACAGGGGAACGAAGACGACCAUCAUGGAUUCAUGUGCUGCGGCACGCCCCCCCGGAACUGUCUCUUGCUCAGCCUCUACGCCAACAUGGGCACUCUCAAGGUCCAGAGCUGGGAUGGGAAGAACUGGGCGAGAUUCGAGGUCGGCGAUGAUAUGGAGGGAUGGCUGACAAGGGCACGAUUCACAAUGUCGCCGUGCUGCAACCCGGUGUUGCACCGGGGGCUCUUGUACUGCCUUGGGGAAGAGGGGAAUUUAGGAUUGUACGAUACCCGUUUUAGGAGGUGGAUCGUCCUCCGUGAACCCGCCGGCUUCGGAGCCGAGUUCCGCUACAAGAGCUGCUACCUCAUUGAGUCGCAGGGGGAGCUGCUCGCCGCUCUGACGGGCAAGAACGGGGCGCCCGUUUACGUUUUGAAGCUGAACGAGAGGAAGAUGGCGUGGGAGAGGGUGACCUCCUUGGGUGGCCGCUCGCUCUUCACCGGCACACCAUCGUCUCUGUCGAUGCCCACUGCCGGGGCAAACAAGGUGUACCUUCCCAGGUUCUAUGGCCGUCCGCAGGUGAUCCAAGCAGAGGUUGCAACCUCCGGCGGCCGCCUCUUCUUCGUGGCAAAGCAGGAGGGGUCGAGAUCGGGCGAUGGUGUCGACAGCACCGCCUGGUGCUACGACCUGGAGUCGGACUCGGAUAAACAGUUUACAGGCUCUAAGAACCUGCUGCAGUAUGUGUGGGUUCACCUUGGCCGUGCUGCUGAUCCUGAUGAUGGAAUGGAUACAGGCUAGCCUGAAUAUGAAACACAUCAAUCAUCACUCAGUCUACUUUGAUUGUGUAUAUAUAGAGAGUACAUUCUAAAAUAGAUUGAUGAUGA